CAAAGCACAUAGGUGUUUGCAUCAACAAAGAGUUAAAAAGAAUCCAUAGCUAAGCAAAAACAAAACAGAGCAAUCUCGCAAAGAGUAAGUGAAACGAUGUCUCUAAUUCCAAGCAUUUUUGGAGGCCGUAGGACAAACGUGUUCGAUCCAUUCUCGCUAGACGUAUGGGAUCCGUUCGAAGGAUUCAUGACACCAUCGGGGAUGGGAAGCGCAACGGGUAAGGACGUGGCAGCGUUCACAAACGCCAAAGUGGAUUGGAGAGAGACACCUGAAGCGCACGUGUUCAAGGCGGACUUGCCGGGGCUUAAGAAGGAAGAGGUGAAAGUGGAGGUUGAAGAUGGGAACAUACUUCAGAUAAGUGGAGAGAGGAGCAGUGAGAAUGAAGAGAAGAGUGACAAGUGGCACCGUGUGGAGAGGUCGAGUGGGAAGUUCAUGAGGAGGUUUAGGCUGCCGGAGAAUGCGAAGGUGGAGGAAGUGAAGGCUAGUAUGGAGAAUGGUGUGUUAUCGGUUAUGGUGCCGAAAGUUCCAGAGAGGAAGCCUGAGGUCAAGUCUAUUGAUAUCUCUGGUUAAGCUUAACUUUGAGGAGUUGGAACGUUGAAGAUAGUAACGUGUGAUGCUGUAAUAACAUAAGUGGUGUGUGACUCUCUUUUUUUCUUCUGUUUCUUGUAAUAAUCUAUCUGGUUGUAUCAUUAUGAGUAAAUCUUAAUAAAAGAGUGUUUUGAAAUAUAAAGACCUCCAUUGAUGGUUUAA